AUGCGUUGCUGCAACCGCUCCUGUUCGACUGCAGCUUUGUCGCACGCAGCCUUUGACACUUUUCGCGGCACUGGCUCAAGUCGGCCUACCUGCAGUGAAACAGCUGCGGAUAGAAUGGGCGUGUGCGGUGGGAAAACAGCCAAGCGCCAGGAGAGCCGAGAGCUCCGCUUCACUGAUGGCUUUCAUUACAGCCCUCUGGACUCCAACGACUUCGAUUCUCAGCUCUCGAGCAGCGCAGAAUCUUUAGACAUUCUGCAGUUCGCAGCUCCAAUCUUUGUUGCUGAAGAGGGUGAGGCCUUCAGUGUCAAGGUCAUGCGUCUGGGGUCGCUGGCUGGACGCGUCAGCUGCUACUUCCAAACAGAAGCGAGCUCUGCCAAAGCGGGAAUGCGUUUUGUCCACGCGGAGGGUGAGGUCGUCUUCGAGGAUGGCCAGUUUCAGCAGAGCGUUGACAUCGAGAUUUUGGAUUCGCCGACCUGGUCUGCAACCCUCGAGUUCAAGGUCGUGCUGACGGCCCCAAUGGGCUGCUCUUUGGGCAAGUACCUGAAGGUCUGCCGUGUCAAAGUCUUGGACAGGGAUAGCUUUCCAAGCAGCUCGUAUGCCGAGACUGCAGCUUUGGGGCCCGAGGCCAUUGAGGCCAUCAACCCCGCCCCGCUCUUUUUGGAGUUUUGCCAGCUGAUGCUUCGCGUGCCUGGGAACGGCUGGCGAUUUGCCGUGAUCUUGCUCUUUGACCAGUUCAAGAACGCAUAUGUUUGGUUCAUGCUUGUGUCUUCCGUGUACAUGGUCAAUGUGAUCUUUGGUGACCACUCGGACGAGCUGUUCAUCCCGCAAAAUCCCGAGAAAACCGCGCAGUUGCUGGGAUUGAUGUAUAUUGGCCUUCCCCUGAUCUUGCACAUGUGGAGGGAGGCCAAAACGAGGAUGGACAUCGAAGGCCGCUGCAGCUUCUUCUUGCAGACUAGCUUGAUGAGGAAGUACAUGAACUUCAGCGAUGAUUCCCGAGCUGCGGUCACGCAGCACGAGGUCCAAAAGAUCGUGAACAAAGAUGCCGUAGAGCUGGCGUCGAGCCUCAAUGACGUGUCUUCUUUGUUAGAGACGCUGGGAAAGCUGGUCAUGCUCAACUACUUUGCCGUCUCAAGCGACCCAGGCAUGCUCUGGGCUGUAAUCACAAUGCCGGUGGUAAUGACCUUCUGGGUGCUCCUACGCCAAGUGUGGUUGAGAAAGCCUGAGAAAGACGAUGCAUACAAGAAGGAGGUUUCUGAACUUGUGAGUGCAAUCAGUGAGUUCUACCCGCUCAUUGCCGGCUACUUCCAGCGCCCCGCCAUGAACGAGAGGUUUGCCGCUCGCGUCACCAAGCUCUCCGAGGUACAGGAACCUUUGGGGAUCUACGACAUGCGCAGCGAGUUCUUCUUCACCUGGCUGGGGCCUUUCUUCUCUGGCUUCUACCUGUGCUUCUACUCACCCCAAGUCAUUUCCGGCUCCCUUUCGCUGGGAACGUUCUUGGCGACGAUCUCCGUAUUCAAAGAGGUCAGCUCAAACUUCGCGGAUGGGUUUGCAAUGAUGAAGAGUGUGAUCGCCAAGUUCGAGCCUUUGCUCGAAGUGACUGUGUUUUUGAACCGGCCGACCGAUGUUGGAGACUUGAAAGAGUUGGUGAACGGACGCAUUUUGGAGACAGGUGAGCAGCGGAAGAAGCUGAUGCACCUAUCAAUACCAAGCAAUGUCGGCAUGGUGCGCACUGACAUGAUUCCGAUACGCUUGGACAACCUGGCUUUCAAGUUGCCAUCCAUGCACAACGAUCUGUUCCACGGUGUGAACUUGUCGGUCGAGCAGGGCAAGCUUGUCGCUUUGAUCGGCCAACAUGGCUCCGGCAAGACAAAGCUGAUCAAAAUGCUGGCCAGCGGAAUCCCUCCCACCAGUGGGAAGGUGCUCAUACCUUCACACCUGCGAUGCCUGCUUGUUACCCACCAGGUCUUUUUGAUGUAUGGCUCUCCUUUGCAGAACCUCUUCUUUGGCGACCCCAGUGCUAUCUCGCAUCCAGAGGAGCGACAUCGCCUGAUGUGGAUUCUGGACAAACUUCGGAUGUCUCGAACGCGAGCACUUGCCGAGAGCGAGAUCGAGAUUUUACAGGAGCCGGUCUCGGAAGAGGAGGGCUCGGAGGAUGGCUCCUGCUGUUGCUGCUGUGGGAGCAGUCAGGUGGCAGAGGCAUCCCCGCCCCAUGCUCGAUGGACCCCGCCAGACGGCUCCGCGCGCGCCAAGCGGGUGGCCUCAGCUUUGCAUGGCUGGCAGGAGUCGCUGUCCUUCCAGGAGAAGGCCAAACUGCACAUCGCACGCGCCCUGGUGAUGAACCCUGAGAUUAUGAUUCUGGAGAAGCCGCUGAUGAACUUCGACGAUCGGGAGUCCGAGCUCGUCUUCAGCAUUCUCAGAGAGUUUGUCUCCAAUCGAGGCGUAGCUCUUUCGGCUGAAAACCGAGACCAGCGAAGGCCACGCACUUGCUUCUACAGUGCCGAGCGAGAGGAGGGGCAGCUGGAUAGCCACAUGCCAGACGUCAUUUGGAGGUCUGGGGACGGCACUGUGGUUGCAGAGCUCCCUGUCAUUCCAGUCCCAGAAUCAAAAAAGGGCCGGAAGGCCAAGCCGAUGUCGUCGCCGAAGUCCUCGCUCAGUGACGGGUCCCCGUGA